ACAGAGACACUGAGCAGCCUGGAAAGUCAUCACUUGCCGCCUGCUUUUCAGUGAUUACAAACGGGGAGUGAGACUGUGGUGCUCCUCUAUGCUUAUCAGCUGGUGGAAGGUGAAGGGUAUGCUGUGAGUCAUACAAGAAGCAGAGUUCUUUAUCGGUGUGAAACCAAAAGUAACCAGUGCCGGGCUCUUGCUGUUGUAUCCAACCUAGUGGAACGUGGAUCUUGCUGCUUUUUCAUUGCCCAAAGAAGGAAAGCAACAGUGACUAAGUGCUAAAAGAGGAGACCCGUGAACAAAGGAGCAGCCCUCCCCAGGCCCUACAGAUACUGUAGUAUCGUUCCAUCCACAUGUUUGGCAGCUUUCCAAGUGCCUGCAAGCUUGUGUUUACUGUACAGCUUCACACACUUCUGGCAUGGAAAAGGAACUGUGCUUGUUCCUCCAAAGAAAAAACACAUUUGGAAUCUGCCAAAGAAAAAGGAAAUGACCAGAACAGGAGCUGGCAUCUUUCCAAGCCCAAAGGGCCAGUGGUACCCCUGUGAACCUAAAGAACUUCCUUCACCACCUGUGCCUUACCAAUGACAGAGACACAGCAGUUCUGCCAAAAUCAUUAAGUCUAGAACCUUUGCAGACUGGAAAUUUGCUGCUUCUUCACAACCAACACUCUAUGGUGGCAGCCUUCUUCUCUAGUUAACAUCUUUGUGGAAAUGAAUAGCGAUCCUAUGAAGCUGUUCCCGUGGCUCUUGCUGCUCAUCUUGGAUGUUUUGGCUUUCAGAAUUGAUAAAUCCAUCAGAGAAAAGGCUGUUGAGCUAAUGAAGCAAGCCCCUUUAAUUGAUGGGCACAAUGACCUUCCAUUACGACUGAGGAUAUUGUACCAAAACAGACUAAGUAAAAUCAACUUAAAAAUUCUCAACACCACAGUCACAAAUAUUCAGAAACUUCAGUCUGGCCAUGUCGGAGCUCAGUUUUGGUCAGUGUAUGUUCUGUGUAGCGCUCAGAACAAGGAUGCUGUGCGUCUGACCCUAGAGCAGAUUGAUGUUGUCAAGAGGAUGUGUCAGAUCUAUCCAGAACUUGAACUUGUUACUACUUCUCAAGGUAUUGCUGAUAGUAAAAAGAUAGCAUGCUUGAUUGGAAUAGAAGGUGGCCAUUCCAUUGACAGCAGUCUCGCAACGCUAAGGAUGUAUUAUGACCUGGGUGUUCGGUACAUGUCUUUAACGCACACCUGCAAUACUCCAUGGGCAGAAUCUUCAUCAAAGCAAGUACAUAACUUUUAUCCUAAUCUGAAUGGUCUGAGUUCAUUUGGCAAAGAAGUGGUGAUGGAGAUGAAUCGCUUGGGGAUGAUGAUAGAUUUAUCUCAUACAUCAGACUCCACCUCAAGAAUGGUUCUCCGGAUCUCCAAAGCACCAGUCAUUUUCAGUCAUUCGUCAGCCUUCUCUGUUUGUAACCACUCAAGAAAUGUUCCUGAUGAUAUUCUCCGGAGUUUGAAAAAGAACAAUGGAAUUGUGAUGGUGACUUUCUAUACAAAGGUGCUGGCCUGUGGAAGAGAGGUUGUGAAUGUUGCAACUGUGGCAGAUCAUUUUGACCACAUAAAGAAAAUUGCAGGUUCAAAAUCAAUAGGAAUUGGUGGUGACUAUGACGGAGUGGAUCAAUUCCCUGAAGGACUGGAAGAUGUUUCGAAAUACUCUGCGUUGAUUGCGGAACUUCUGAGAAGAGGCUGGACCGAAAGAGAACUGACAGGAGUUUUAAGGGAAAACUUGCUCCGUGUUUUCAAGGAGGUGGAAAAAGUGCGGAAUGACAGUAAAUCAAUGAAUGAGAAUGAGAACGAAAUCCCACAAAGAGAGGUGCAAAAUUCCUGUCGUCUAGACCUAAGAAACCCUCCUCUUCGGACAGCUAACGUGCUUCCCAUUUCUUAUGGAUCUCCUUCUGUGGUACAGACUUUGGGUCUAAUGUUCAUUACUGUAAUAUAUAUAAUACUGCAUUAACAAUGCACAGAAACCUGAUGGGUCAAAAGGGUAUUGAAUACACAUACCCAAACAGACAUAACAUGUAGAGUGAACUGCAAUGCAAAUGGAUAAAUCUUCUGCUUAGCUACAAAGCUGUACCUCCAAGGUGUGUGAAUAGUAUUAAACCUUAAGCAUCAUUUAUGUAAGUCUAACUACAGAUGGCAAAGAUUAAUUUUGUCUUAAGUGCUUAGGUAGCAGUGUUUGGAAUAUGGCUUGGUGCUGAACACUCUUGGAUCCACUGAUGUCAAAUGAGGUUGGUAAUGCCCAGCACCUCAGGUCAGAUCCUGUACUAUGUGCAAGGCCCCUUGUUUUCAGUUUAUAUUUUGUUUAAAAUUUCCUGGGAAUUUCAGUGUUCAGAAUUUCAGUUAACAAAAAAUUAAAAACAUGGAUGAAAAUGAGGGCAGAAAAUUAACUUCAUGGUUUUCUGGGUUAGUAAGAAAAAGCAACAGAGAGAAGUAGGAAUAUUGAAAGUAAAAGCAGCUCACGCUGUGAUUUAUUUCAUGAACUGUAUGUAAACACUUGCACGUGUAUGCAUGUGUGCAUCUUCCACUACAUUUGCCUUACUUUAACAGACAGCCUAGCCUAAAUGGAAACGCAAACUUAUUAUUAACAUAAACACAUCACCUAAUGUCAUGUAUUGGAUUUCCUUAACAUAAGCAGUAUAUUUAUAUAUUCGAGUAGUCCAAAAACUGGGUGAAAAUCAGUAAAAGCUGAACAAUAGCUUUUUGGAAAACUUGGGAAUUUUCCAGUAAAAACUGAAAAUGAAGGGCCUGAACUAUGUAGUUCGAGCUCUUGGAUGGUCACUUGUCUUUGGAUGCAUGCCCGGUAUGAGGAUUGGGGACCAGAAGUACUAAUCAAAUGGACUUUUUUUUUUUUUUUUUUUUUUUUUUUGCAUUUUAAGGGAGAGCUAACUGCCAGCUGGGUUUGUAGGUGACCAUGGUGACAUCAGUCUGAGAAGGAAAAAAAUGCCAUGGCUGUUUGAAGGAGAAUGUGGCCUCUUUUAAAUUAUGUUUUUGCCAAAAGUUAAAGGAUUCUUUCAACCUGGAGGUUAUUUGAGAAACUAUAUUCUGCCCUUUAUUUAGUCUCACUGCAGUAACUGCCUUCACUUAAGUCUGUGGGCGAGGUAAAGAUUCUAGGCAUGUGACACUGCUGGAUCUGCCACAAGUGUUUGAUUGCUGAUCACCAUGGGCAGAAUUCAGCUGUCAUUGGUUUGUAUAUGCCACAAUAUCUUGCUUUGAAUCCUAUCUCUAGUUCAUUGCUUUGAGCCAGGGAACGCUAAAUAACUAUGCAAUCUGUUUUGGGUCCCAUUCCUCUAGUAGCCCAGGGCAGCAUUAUUUAUUAUCAUGACAUCUGUUGUUGCAUGUCUGCACAACAUCUAGCAUCUGGUAUCUUCAGGACAAGGGCUGGAUAUCUGAAUUGUUUAUAGAAACAUAGGGCUCUUCUAAAUAUGUAAAAAUCAAAAGUUUACCCUCCACUGCAAGAACUUCAACAGUCCUGUGCUGACUUUUUCCCUUUGGGAGCACUGUUUAUUUGCCCUGUUCCUGUUUGUAUCUUUUCAAAUGUUAGUAACUGAACUUCUCUUGAGUUAUUAGUGAUAAAGCUGCUACAUGCCAUCUUGAACUUCUCCAUGUGGUGACUAUGGAGGACUGCUGGAAAGUAAAAAGCAUUUUUGGAGGAGAUGAUAAUUAGGGUUGGGUAAAAAAAUCUUGUGAAAUUGCUCUGACUCGGGCUUAUGGGGCUUGGGUUGUGGCGCUGUUCCACAGCCAUGUACACAUCUGGGCUUAGGGUGAAGCCCAGGCUCUAGGACCCUGUGAGGUGGGAGGGUCGCAGUGCUCUGGCUCCAGCCUGACCCCGGAAGUCUACACUGCAAUGAAACAGCCCCGCAGCCCGAGCCUGAGUCAGCUGGCAUGGGCCAGCUGCGGGUUUUUCGGUGUCCUGACAAACCUGGCUUUGAUGGGAUUGCAAAGGGUGUGAAUUAGAGCAGAAAUAAGGCCUCUGUGUUCAGGCUUUGUGAUGCGGUGCCCAUCCCACACAAGGCCUGGAGGGGUUAAAGUGGCUAGGUGGGCCAUGUAACUGCCCAGGUUGCACCUGAAGGAGACUGGGAGCAGGCCACUAACUGGAAAUGGGUUCAGCUGGGCAGGAACAGUAAUACCAGUCAGCUCUGUGUUCUUGGGGAACCAGGGCGCAGUAACCAGCCUGUCUGACUCACAAAGGACAUCCCCCCCUCCCCAGCCUUUGCUUGAACCAAAACCAAUCAAAAGAAAGACUUACAGAAAAAGCAAUAAGAAAAGGAGUACUUGUGGCACCUUAGAGACUAACCAAUUUAUUUGAGCAUGAGCUUUCGUGAGCUACAGCUCACUUCAUCGGAUGCAAUGAAAAGCAAUGAAAAGGCAGUGGGAGAUGCACCUAAACAACUCCUGACAAGGGUGACAGGAUUAAGGCAACUCCCCUAGCCUCAUCUGCAUCAAAGAUGGGACAGGGAGGCAUCUUCAUUAGCAUACAGAUUGGAGCACAGAGAUUCCAAGGCAAGAACUGCACUGAACUCUGGGACCAGAAAAGCAGGGAAGCACUGCAUCAUGGGGGAUCUCUGCUCCAGAUGUUAAUGAACCUAUGCCUGCACACACCCAGCUCAGUAGUUAUCAGACCAAUUCUAGUAAUGAAUCCCAGACUGAUAUCCAAAAUACUGAAGCUGCCUAACUGCAUUGUGAGCUCCCCUGAAGGAACACACCCAUAGCUAGGAAUGAUCAGUUCCUAUAGUCUAGCCUAAAGAAAACCCUUGAGUCAUCAGUUUACCCGUAAACAAAUCUAGUGUUCUCCCUUGAACCGUUGUUGUUUCCCUACAAAAACCCCUACCCACACUCAAGUAAGUGUUCUGAUACCUGGAUCGAAACUCUGCAUUCAGUUCCACUGGGACUUCAUCUUGACUGAGGGAGCUGCAGCUCGCAAACCCAGAAAGGGUGAAGCCAGAUAAAUAGGAAGAAGCCCAGGGAAACAGCAGCAAGGACUGUACAGACCUUGACUGCUUGUUAGAGGGUCCCUGGGCUGGAGCCCAGUGUAGAGGGCGGGUCUGGGUUCUCCUGCCAGCCACUGGAACGUGGCACAGGGCAUGGAGAUGUCAGACAGAUAACUGCUCCAGAACUACUGCGAUUUCCCUGGUAGGGGCGGACCUUAGUGGUCUGGGUGGAGGGCCAAGCCACAAACAGGAAGCUGCAGUUCCGUGGGUGAGAGGGGCCUCGGGUGAAAGAGAGGAUGGGUAGAGACCUUGCCAGAGGAGGGUGGCGCCUGGCAAGACCUAAUUCCCAGAGUUGUGGAGGCACCACGUGUGGUGAGUGGUCUCUGACAGGCUUUUAGAAAUGACUAUCCAUGUUCAAAAUCUAUGUUGUUUGGAUUCUUUGCUUGCUCUGCAUGUUGCUGUUCUCCCCUCAAUUCCCUGUUCUCCUCUCAAUCCUUGGGUUUAAAACUGCAGUUAAAAAUGUGUAUUAGUCUUUACAUGGUGAAAUCUAAUAAAAGCAAUUGAUUUUUCUUCA